AUGUUUGUUAUCAGCGUGGCGUCGGCUUUGAUUAAACUCUGCUUGCAUUUGUACCGGCGGCGGUUGACGUUCGCCAAAGAUUCGGAUUAUGUCAAAUACGAAGCCGUCCGCAUCUUUGUCGAAACGGUCAAGAUCACCGAGCACUACUGUUACGUGAUGGCCAUCCGCAUUGUGCUCAGGCUGGAUAUACCCGGCAAGACCGUAGUAGUGUUCCUGUUGAGACUGCUGUUCAACUAUUGGAUGAAGUUAACGACCAAAUCGUGCGCCUACCACGUGUUCCACACUAACUUGAUAUUCGUCGUGUACCAUUCGAGUCCGCUGCUGAUGACCAAUGUCUAUGACAAGGUCCGCCGAUGGUCUAGGGAUAAGUUGCGCUGUUCGGUACGAAUGUGCGACAGUGAUGAUAAUACAAACGAGUCAUCGAGACAGUGCCAACUCAUCGUCGAAAAGAACGUUUUGCGAGGAAUUGAGAUUUUGAAAAAAGUGUUCAUCCUGAUCCUGGCCAGCUACUUGAGCAACAGAAUAAUGUUGACAUUGUGGACAAGUAAUGUUAUGUGCACACGAGAAGUAUUUUUGGAGGCUCGUUGCAAUGGUCACAUGAAGAUUAACAGCACGUUUAAGGCGGCCACAACCGAAGCGGUUAUUACCAUUGUUUUCUUGGCCGUGCAACUGAUUUUCGGAAACAUAACCAAAUGCUUUACCGCUAAAUACUUGGUGAAAACAACCAUAAUAAUGAUUAUUAAUUUGAUCGCCUUCAGGUGUGUCGGUGCUCUGAUGAACCCCACGUACGCCACGGCCGGAAUGUAUGGAUGCCAGGGAAUGAUUAACAGACAGCAUUUCAUAGUGUACUGGAUAGGACCACUGGUCGGGGCUGUUGUCUUCGGAGACAUCGUUAAAGCGACUCAAUGCUUGUACAAAACGGUCACGUCUAAACUGGGGAUAACGUGGAAAUUUCCAUGCCCAAAUGAGGAAAAACCUGCCAAUAUUGUAAAAACGAACGAUCAAGUGUUAUUGUCUGAAAACAUUUUAAAUACUUACUUGUUUCUGGAAAUUACAAAUUUCAAAGACAUAUUCGAACGGACUUUAUUGAAAAUAUCAUUACUCGAAUCGUUGUACAACACAGACGACACGGUUGAUACUAUCAAAUCUUUUUUCCAAACGACUAUUAACAAUUUAAGUUCAUUUAGAUCUUCAAUAACAUGUCACGAUCUACGUUGGGAACCAAACGAUGAUAGUCGAGGUCCAAUAAAACACAAUGAAAAUCAUAAUAAAAACAACGAACACACAAAUACUCUUGAAAAAAAAAUCAAGCAACUGAAACGAAAAGAAUUGCAAGUCGACGCAGCGAUUGAAAAAGACACAGUGCAAGGAGAAAAAAACACAAUACGAAGGGAAACGGAAAAACUCUAUGUGGACAAAUGGGAACAUUCUCGAAUAGAGCAUUUCAAGAUGAAAUUUACCUUGGACGAAUUGGAACUCGAGAAAAAAAUCUCAGAAGCCCGGAACAAACUCAAAACGGAAACGUUGGUCGACAAGGAAACUAAGUCGUUUUUAGACCACAGUACAACCGAACUGAAAAAUCAAAUCGAAUAUUGGCAAAGUAAAAGUACUUUGGACGUCGUCCGAAUAAACGAAAGACUUGAUGAACUGACGGAAAAUCUUAAAACAAAAACCGAUCAAGUGUGGCGUUUAAAAAUGACGUUUAACGAAAGGCAAACGAUUAUCGAAGAAUCCGUUGAAGCCAAAAGGAAAUUGGAAGAAGAGAAAAGACUCGACCAACACAGAGAAAGAAUGGCGAUAAAAAUCCAAGCCUGGUGGAGAGGCACCAUGGUCAGACGUCGCUUGGGACAGUACAAACAUCUCUUGGGGCCUAGAAAAAAAAGCAUUAAAAAACCAGCAGCAAGGGGGAAAAAAAAUAAAAAAUAAAUCGACCACCGUCUACACCAGACGUUAAUAAUAUUAUUUAUCAUUUAAUAGAUCAUCUUAGGCCAAAAGCCGCUCAAGUGCAAAGCCUUAAUAGACAGGAACCUACUACAUUUUUUAGUUUGAUGCAUAUUAUAAAAAAAAACAACUUCCAAUUUUUAUUAGAUAGAAGUUGAACAAAAACGUUAAAUAUAUAUAUUUAAUAAAUUUAGGAACCAUUCUACUAGAAGCCAUGUUUUGUAAAUCCAUGUAUUAUCAAAGUAGUAAAUGGGGGCACAAAAAUGCCUAUA